AUGGAAGCGGAGGAAGCUAAUAGUGGCCAUGGAUUGGUACACUUAAAAUGUUCUUACAACAAUAAAUAUUGGGUAAGAUCUUCUAAAGAAGAGUUGUGGAUUAUUGCAAAAGCUGACCAACCGAAUGAAGAUCAAUCUAAAUGGUCUUGCACAUUGUUCAAGCCAAUCUUUGAAACUGGUAAUCAUUAUGGACAAGUUAAAUUUUUGCACGUUCAACUUGGACACUAUGUCUGUCAUUCAAAAGAAACUGAACCCUAUAAUAGUUGCUUGUUAGCAGAGUCUGAAGAUCCUAGAAAUGAUUUAUCAGAUAUUUUCAACUAUACUGAUUUGGGAGCCAUGUUUAUGCUUCCUCGAUAUGUUGCAUUCAAAGGCAAUAAUCAGAAGUAUCUCACUAGAGGUCUUCGAGAUGAUGGAAUAUCUGAGUAUCUACAAUUUAAAUCUAAGCAAAAAGGAGGAUUUCCUUAUGUUACUCAUAGGGUUUACCAACUUUUUGAUGGAAGUGUUCGAAUACAAUAUGGUGGGUUUUGGAGACGAGAUCCAAAUUGGAUCAAACAUGAUGGAGAUGAUAACACUACAAACCCAAACUUAAAGUUUUGGCCGGUGAAAGUUAAUGAAAAUGUUGUUGCUCUCCGUAGUUUGGCUAACAAUAGAUAUUGCAAAAGACUCACAAAAGAUUAUAAAAAGGAUUGUCUUAAUGCUGCGGUUUCAACUAUUACAUCAGAAGCAAAAAUGGAGGUUUCAGAAGUUACUGUUUCAAGAAAAAUCUAUAAUGUUAAUUAUCACUUUCGAGAUGCUAGGAUCUAUGAGCUAAGUUCUUUUAUCGCUGCAUCAGGAGUUUACUAUAAUGAAACUAAAGAAUCUGUUGAAGCAGAAGUGAAUCUCUCAUUUACAGAUACUCGCAGCUAUAGUUGGAAUUCUAUUAUUACAUCAAAGUUGAAUGUUCCAACUACCAUUAAAGCUACCAUCCCGGUCAUUAAUAACAAAACUAUUCAAAUCGUGGGUUCUUUUGAUGGUCCAUAUGAAUGGGGAGAUAUUAAUGAAAAUUCCAAUGAUAUGGAGAUUACAUACAAAGUUCGUGUGCCACCCUUAUGCGAGAUGUCAGUGAAUUUAUUUGGAACAGAAGUUGCGUGUGACAUUCCUUUCUCAUACGUACAACAUGACAAUCUUAUUAAUGAUAGACAAGAUACAUAUGAUAUGCAUGAUGGACUUUAUACUGGCAUCACCAACAUUUACAACUUCAACUAUGAUAUUGCAAAAUACCUAUGA